UUUGUAUUGUAGCUCUCAAUGAUGAGAGUGAGAAGAGAAAGAGAAAGAGAAAGAGAGAGAGAGAGAGUGUCGUACAUCGGAAGACUCAGGGAGUUCACUGUCUCUCUGACUUUGAUGCAUGAAGAUGCAGGUGGAAGAAGACGGUGAAAACUAAAAAAAAAAUAAAAAUUAUCAAGUGUAAAGAGAAGAAUGUGAAGAGGGUUAUGUAAGUGUAAACAAAAGGUUUGGUCUUUGCUGCUGAUGUUCAUCUCUGCAAGUUUCAGCAUUUGGGUUUCCCUCUGAUUAAAUAAAAAUUUGCCAUUCGAAGUUUACCACUUCAGGAAAUUUAGAUUCUCGUAUGGCUCUUUCUGCGGCAAAUUUCACGUUUAUUUGGAAUGGAAAUGAGUAUCAACUGUGAGCUGCAAAAAAGUAUCAAUAGAUUUGUGGAGUUCUUUUCUUUUUGUGGCUAUCUUUUUAGCCACUUACUAAUAUUUUGUACAAAUUCUACUCCUAAUUUGUGUCAAAAUUUGAAAGUUCCAUUCCUCUAAUAAUAUCUAUCCCCGUAUUCUGAAAAAGAAAAAUUCUUUGAAUGGCUAAAUAAACUAGCAAUUUCUGUAUGCGAUGAGGUGUUGUGAACUUUGGUCGUGAUUCCUAUUGUCUGGGAAUUAAUACAUUGCUGUUUCUUUAGCUUUUUGAAUUUGAUGCAGCAAGGAAAUGAUGGUUUCUUCCUUUUGAGAGGAAUGGGGUACUAGGAUAAUGCGGAAGAAAGGAAAGGCUCAUAUUUGGAAGAUUUUUAAUCUCAUGGCUGAUUCUUCUUCCAAUUUCUCUUUACCUUGUGAUGCAUUAAGACAAAUGAGUUUCUCAAAUUUCAAUACCUUUGGUUCUAGGUUGGGGAUUGGUGCUAAAGGGUUGCCAGAUUCUGAAUCUGUUUGGAGCCCUACAUCUCCUCUUGAUUGCAGACUCUUCUCAAAUCUUAGCAACCCUUUUAGUAUCAAUAUCAAGUCUUGUAGACCAUCAUUUCAAACUGGUCAUAAGAAACAGUUUGAUGACAGUAAAGUAGGCCUUGGCAUCAUAAGUUCCCUGGUUAAUGAAACCAAAAAUAACAAUGACAUCCUUGGUAAAUUUCAGAGGAAAAGUAUCAUUUUUGGACCACAGGUGAAAACUGGCAUCCUUAAAUUUUCAAACAACCAUGAAUUCUUUGCACCUUAUUUGAAAUCUAAUUCCUUGCCCAAAAACUAUGUAAUUUCACUUCCUUCUGAAACCAAAACUCCCAAAUCUGAACUGCAAGACUUUGACAAUGUCUCUGGAAAGAAAAUUGACAACUGGGAAUCCAAAGCUUUCAAUGGAUCCAUGAUUUCUCUGCCUGGUUCCUUUAGGCCUUCAUCAUUAAUCAACAGAAAUCAAAACUCCAAUUUGGGAAUGAACGAAUCUACAUUAACCAGUUUGCCUCCGGUGACAAGCAGAGACUCUCAGUUAGAUAAGUCUUCGAAUAUUAAAUCAAAUUCUCUUCCAAUAUCCAUUGAUUUUAGUAAAGGGUGUCUAGGCUCGCUCUCUGCAAGAGAGAUAGAGCUUUCUGAGGAUUAUACCUGUAUAAUUUCUCAUGGUCCAAACCCUAAGAGAACACAUAUUUUUGGUGACUGCGUUUUGGAAUGUGACAACAAUGACUUCACUGAGUUCAGCAUGAAGGAAGAACCUGCUUUCAGAGCUUCUCAAGUUCCUACAUUUUCAGAAGGAUCAUCAUCCCCUUACCAUUCUGACAAUGUUUUCAGCUUUUGUUACUCAUGUAAUAAGAAAUUAGUGAGGGAGGAAGAAAUUUACAGAUACAGGGGUGGGAAAGCAUUUUGCAGUUUUGAGUGUGGAUCAGAGGAAUUGGAGAAAACUGUGACUUACUCAGCAGAGAGUUCUCCUGGCUCAAGCCACCACGAUCUCUUCCUCACGGGUCUGCUUUUGUCCAAAUAACACUCUUUACUUUCUUGAGACACACUGAAUAAUUUUGAUUUUUAUAUACAAAACAUAUCUACCUAUGUGGAUUUGUUUGUGCUAUGCAUGUUUGCAAUGCAAAUUAUAGUGUGGUUGUGUUCAAGAACCAUAUUUCAUUGUUCAGUGAGUUAUUCCUAGGAAAGGCAGAGUUAUUUCAUGGUUCCAUUCUGAUAACUCUUGAACAUGUAUAUGCAUUGUAAUGUUCAGUGGAUGAGUUGAUGAAAGAGGCCACAGCAGGCCCUGCUUCUCAUCAAUUUUUUUGCUUCA